GGAGAAAGAAAUGAAUAAGAAAGAAAUUAUAAAAGGGAAAGAAAGAAAAAUUGGAAAAGGUGGAUGGGAGAGGAGAAUGAUGAGUUUGCUUGGAAGAGAAAGAAAUGGAAGGAUGCAGUGAUGGAAUAGAAUAGAAUAGAAGAGAAGAGAAGAGAAUCUGGGAAUGGUGUCGCUGUAAGUGCGUGUGCGUGUGUCACUGUCGUUCUCUGGAGAGAACAAAGCAGAAACAAACCCAUUCCCUUUGGAGUGUUGCUUCCUUCCAUCAUCUUCCUUCGAUGCUAUGCUCCCUCUCUGUUCCCAAACGAAAAGUACAAUUCUUUCUUUCCCUUUCGCCAGCCCCACUCCACACGUUCUCAAUGCCAACCCAAACCCCAAAAUGUCUCUACCUUUCCCUCUAGGGUUCUCCUUUUCAGUUUCUGUGGCCUCCUUCAAAUCAUUCCUUUUUUUGUUCAUUUCUUCAUAAUUCUUCACUCACCCUUUUCUUUUUUUGUCAUCCUCUCCCCACAGUUUUCUCCCCAAAAUCCCAAUUGCUCCCCUCCUUGUCACUAGGGUUUGUUUUUUUUUUCUUUUUCUUUCGCCAAGUUUCCACCUUGGAGCCACGUUGCCCUUUCCUUUCUGUGUUUUAAUCUCCUGCCCUUUUCUUUUAGCUUCUCUACUGUUCAAGCAUGGGUUGUGUCCAUGGCAAGUGCUGUACCCGUUACCCUUCACCGUCAGUGGGUGGCUCCAGGGACUUCAGAGAACUUGGCCCUUAUGGUACCCAGAGGAAGCACAUUCUCACUCAGAGUUCACUUCAAUUUGUUCCCGUUCCUUCCCAUAACUUCACUUUGGAAUACUCUGUGCUCACUCAGAGAGGGUACUAUCCUGAUUCACCUGAUAAAGAAAACCAGGAUAGUUUCUGCAUUAGGACACAAUUUCAAGGUAACCCAAGUCUCCAUUUCUUCGGUGUUUAUGAUGGGCAUGGCGAAUUUGGUGCCCAAUGUUCGAACUUUGUUAAGGAUAGGUUGGUGGAAAAUUUGUCAAGUGACUUUGCAUUGUUGGAGGACCCUGUCAAGGCUUACACUUCUGCUUUCUUGACCACGAAUGAGGACUUGCAUAAGAAUGAGAUUGACGAUUCCUUGAGUGGCACCACUGCAAUUACGGUGCUGGUCAUUGGGGACACCCUUUAUGUUGCUAAUGUUGGUGAUUCGAGAGCAGUGCUAGCUGUUAAGGAUGGGAACCGGGUUGUUGCUGAGGACUUGUCCACUGAUCAGACACCAUUUAGGAGAGAUGAGUAUGAGAGAGUGAAGCUUUGUGGGGCAAGGGUUUUGAGUGUUGAUCAGGUGGAGGGGCAUAAGGAUCCGGAUAUUCAGACUUGGGGUGAUGAAGAGAGUCAGGGUGAUGAUCCUCCUAGGUUGUGGGUUCAGAAUGGUAUGGUGCCUGGAGCUGCAUUUACAAGGAGUGUAGGGGAUAUGUUGGCUGAGACUAUCGGUGUAAUUGCUGUUCCUGAGGUGUCAACGGUUCAGCUUACACCUAACCAUCUUUUCUUUGUUGUUGCAAGUGAUGGGGUAUUUGAAUUCCUAUCCAGCCAAACUGUUGUUGAUAUGGCAGCUAGUUAUUCAGAUCCCCGUGAUGCAUGUGCUGCCAUUGCUGGAGAGUCAUAUAAACUAUGGUUAGAACACGAGGGCCGAACUGAUGAUAUAACAAUUAUUAUCGUUCAGAUCAAAGGCCUGUCUAAUUCAGGUACAUCUGGACUUGGAUCAGGAGAGGUCAAUGUCAGCACUGUAACAAGGACCAAGAGCAAGAGGGUAAAGGGAGCAUCUGAAUUAUCUGCCACAACUGGGUUAGAUGUUUAUCGUUCGGUCAGGAAUGGCUUCUCUGAUUUACAGUCCUGUCCACAGCAUGUGGUCUCAACCAGAAGCCCAGCCAUAGUGGUCCCUUCUCCAGCUUGUCCAACAUCUGUUACAUCGGUACACUCACACUAGCAUUGUUUCAUAUUGAUCAUUUAGUGAUUGGAGAGAGGCUUUAUGGAAGCUUCAGUAUGUAUGCUUAUACUUUCUCCUUGAAGGCUGCUGAAGGUUUACUGGUUUGAGGUUCAUUAUCUUGGAAGCUGAAGGAUCCUUUUCAGAAUGUAGAAAGCACAAAUGAUUAAUAGUCAUUUUUAUUUUAUUUUUUUCUGUUCUCAAUCUCUUACUAAUUCACUUUCAUAACCAUACAGAAGCCCUUCAGAAGUAACACUAAAGCUUGUCCUCCUGAGUAGCUAGCUCUACGUCUCCACUCCCCAAAUUGAAACUUUGGAAAGAGGUCUAUAAAUAACUUGGGAGAAAGGAGUUUGGCUGGUGACUAAUUGACUACUAGGAUUUGCAUUACAUUGUAGUCAAUGGUCAACUUGGAAGACAAGCCAUGUGCUAUUUAAAAUGUAAAUCCAUUAUCCUCUUCCUCAUGCUGGAUCCUCUGUAUCUUUCAGAAACAUCUGAAUUCUUUGUAUUGCUUUUGAAGAUUAGCUUCACAUCUGCAAAUUAGUGACUGACUCAAUGAAUGCUUGGGAUUACAAGUAAUUAACCCAUUUUAACACCUAAAUUGUUGUA